AUGAAAGAGAUCCUCGAGAUCAUAGCACUUUUUCUAGGUUUUGCUGGCUGGAUAAUGAUUUUCGUAUCACUCCAAGAUCAGUAUUGGAAAGAAUCCACCACAGAUGGCAGCGUAAUUACAACCUCCACAAUCUAUGAGAACCUCUGGAUGUCUUGUGCAAGUGAUUCAACAGGGAUCUACAACUGUCGUGACUUUCCAUCUCUUUUUGCUCUCCCAGGGUACAUUCAGGCCUCCCGGGCACUCAUGAUCGCUGCCAUUGUGUUUGGGACGUUCGGGCUCGUGGCUACUCUUGUUGGAAUGAAGUGCUCAAAAAUAGGAGGAGAAAACUACAUCUUGAAGGGAAGAAUCGCUGCAAUCGGAGGAGUGUUCUUUCUACUGCAGGGGAUUUGCACCAUGAUUGCUGUGUCUUGGUAUGCAGCCAACAUCACGCAGCAGUUCUUUGACCAGUUUUAUCCCGGGACAAAGUAUGAGAUUGGAGAGGGCUUGUACAUCGGUUGGGCUUCAGCCACACUCGCCAUCUGUGGAGGUUCGUGCCUGUUGUGUGCCUGCAAAGUCAAAACACCCAAUGAAAAGAUACCGUAUCCGUACCAGCCGACCUCCAGAGGACACGUGCUGUCUACGGUGGAAUCGUCUCAGACUGUCCCAAGCAACUACGGAAGAAAUGCGUAUGUCUGAGAGGUGAUUGUCGAGGAGGAAGAGAGAGCAGGACUGGAGUCAGUUCAUCAGAUAGACGAACAAUGUUUAUUAUUGUAGGACAUGAUGAUCAAAUAUAUAUUCAACCUUCAGAUCACUUUAACUGUUAUACAAUUGUGCUCAAGUUUAUGAAGUUUGUGAGUUUGUGUUAUCAAGUGCUGGAAUCAUUUGUUAUACCCGCGUAUCCUCAAACCUGCCUCAGGUUUUCUGGCUGAGAAAGAUGAGAGAUGCACAAAAUGUUUUGUGGCUGUGCUGCAAACACAAAUCCUCUUCUGUAGGAAUAUCUAAUAUCUGUCGAGACACAUCUGAGAUUAGAAGCAAAAAGGGAGGAUCAAAGAAUUUACAUCGACUCUCAUCUCUGAACCAGAACACACGAGUAACAGGGUUGAAAUAAAUAUAGCUUUUGUAGGUUUUGUUCAUUUUAAUCUUUUUGGCAUAUAAUGGAUGGAUGGAUGGAAGUCUAUAAGCAUGAAGUAUCUGUGUAUAUUUUGAAUGUUGUGUCAGUUUUCUUCAGGGUGAUUUGUUUCUGGUGUAUUCCUGUGGAUUUUGUUAUGUUUUAUACACUAAUAAAUAUCAUUUUCAGUGACAGACUGAACAAGAAUUUUAAUGACGGACUAUUAUUUUCAACACUCAACAACAUGAGUUAUCAUAACAAUCUAAAAAAAAAAAAAAA